GCAAAUGAAGUGAAAUUUCAGUCUCUCGAAAUCUGGAAAUAAUUUAAUUCUUGUUAAAAUUUAUAGUUCCUAGUUUUUUUUGGAUAUCCCAAUAACUGCGAUGCCUAAACACGCUCCCUACACAUGGCGUCAGCCGGACUUUCCCGGCGACGGCAGCGACCUGUCCUGGCAGGAUCCCACCCUGCUGGUCAUCUGCCAGAAGGCCGACAUCCAGGCGGCCAUCCAGCCGCUCCUGCGCUCCCUGAAGCAGCCCUUUGCCCCCGCCCAGGUGGCCAGCGUUUUUGUCCACGAGACGAUGAGGGUUGCCUUCUGCGACCAGGUUCGCUCCUCCAUGGAACCCAUGCACCGCCAGGCGGCCACCCAUGCUCACUAUCUGAGGGCCAUCAAGAUGGUCGAUUGUCUGAAAGCGGAAGUGGUCUGCCUGCUGACACCGGACGACAUCCGUUUCCGGUACAAAAUGUCCCACGCCUCACCGGUGAUUGUGUGCGAAUUCGAUCAGAGUUUCUUUGGUGGAUCGCGACCCACUUCGGUGAUCACCUUGCACACCUUUCGCCACGCCUCCGAGCUGCCCCGCCUGCUGGCCACCGAACGGGUGCCCUUCGUUAGUGCCGCCAUCUGGGGUCCCAAGAUGGCCACCGUCUACGAGGCGGCCCUGCAUCUGGACCUCGUCGUCGUCUAUAUCAAUUGCCAUGGCAUCGCGCUGGCUCCCAUCCGGGAGUUCCUCGAGGAGAAGCAGCCGCACGUGGUGCUGGCCAGGUACCAUCACUUUGAGGUCAUUUCGCAUAAGGGCAAGCACCGGGCCAUUGUCUAUCCGGCCAAGGUCAUCUGGGAGCCCGAGCCCGAGGUCCCCAUUCGCCCCUCGGCGGGAGCUCAAAGGAAAUUCCAGCCCCCCGCGGAGGGAAAGACGGUGGCCAGGAGAGGAAAAGAAAACCGUGCCGGAACCCGUCUUAAGUCCUUGUCAAAAGUUUAAGGUCUCGACAAAUUUACAGUACU